AUGCCCGCCGCUGGCGACCUCCUCAAGAAAAAGAGAAUAGCCGUCCUGGGCUCGCGUUCUGUCGGCAAAUCCUCGCUGGUCGUGCAGUUCAUUGAGAACCACUUUGUGGAGGCAUACUACCCCACCAUCGAGACCAGCUUCUCCAAGACGGUCAAGCUCAACGGUGUAGAGUAUGAUUGCGACAUCCUUGAUACUGCGGGCCAGGAUGAAUACUCCAUUCUGAAUUCCAAACACGCUAUUGGAAUCCAUGGCUUUGUUCUUGUCUACUCGGUAGCGUCGAGAAACUCCUUCAACAUGAUAGACAUCAUAUACGACAAGAUCACCGACUUCUGCGGCGUGGAAGACAUACCUUGUGUUGUUGUCGGGUCCAAGUCAGAUCUGAAGACGAGACAAGUGCAAUCCGAAGAAGGCGAAGAACUCGCUAAGAAGCGCGGUGCUGCUUGGAUAGAAACUAGCUCCAAGACCAAUGUCAACGUUGGCAAGGUCUUUGAGCUAUGCUUAGCCGAAAUUGAGAAACGCUCGCCCACUACCACCACCACACAAACUGAGCCUAAGGGCGGUAGUUGUGUCAUCAUGUAG